UGCGGUCCACUGGGAAGUUUGUAGUGCGAACACCUGCCACAAAUAAUCACCAGCACAACAAGAACAAGGUUUGCCGCAGGCUAGUACACAAGCAAAAUGGGCAACAACUCGUCUUCAACAGGCCCUACCUGCCAAAUCAUAACGGAGAAGGAAAGGGGCGGCCCCAUUUUCAUCGUUUUGGAGGACAUCGCCGGUAAUCGGACGGAAACCAUCAAACUUUCCGCAUCGAAAAGCAGCGUCACGCCGAGCAACGUUCAACUGCGUGAAAAGGUUAAAGAACUGGAGAUCUGGAGCGAGGGGAAAGGCGACACUUUCGUCGAUACCGUCAAGAUUUCUUCGCUUUCCGAUGUGGAGCUGUACACCUUUCCAGUCCAGAGGUGGUUGAAGCCCGGACCGGGGAAAAGACUCUUCAUCCCGCCUUUCAACUGCUGCUUACCGCAGAACGACCCCCACCCGGGACAGCGACGACGGGAGCUCAACGACAAGAAGAAGGACUUCCAAAUGACAUCAUUGGCUGACGGGUGUCCCGUACAGGUUGCCGGAUCACCAAGACAGGCAAUGUGGGCACAGGAAUACAAGAAAACAUACUUCAACAUUCGAGACCGAUGCAAGAGCGAUGAGCUUCUCCUCCGCCUGACACAGUGGGGACAGGUCAAGCAACUCAGCCACUUUGCAGACUUGUACGAGCUUGGCUUUAAAGUCCCUCAGGGAAUAGAGAACUGGUGGUUCGAUAAGAUGUUCGGACAGCAGAGGCUUCAGGGUCUGGUUCCUAACCUCAUCAAACUGUGCAAGGAAAUCCCAGCAAGUCUCAACGUGACAGAAGAGAUGGUGAAGGACGUGUUAAAGGACGUGUCCCUGAAACAGGCCAUACAAGACAAGCGGCUGUAUCUGACUGACCUCACCAUGCUAAAGGGGGUCAAAUGCAUUGACGGCAACGUGCUAUGUGCACCAAUGGCUUUGUUCUUCGUGGAUGACGAAGGAGAUCUCAUGCCGAUAGCCAUCCAGUUGUUCCCUGAUGAGCUCAAGGCUGUCCAGGUAUUCCUGCCGACGGACCCACCGUACACCUGGCUGCUGGUGAAGAUGUGGUACAACCUGGCCGAGGCUUCUUGGCACCUGGCGUGCGCAAACUUCGGGUUCUCUCGUCUGGCCAUGGAGUCUGUCGCCCUGUGUGCCCACCGGAAUCUGUCCGUGUCUCACCCCGUCUCCCGUCUCCUGGCGCCGCACUUCAACCAGCUCAUCCCGGCAAACAGAGAAACGCUUCGUAUGCUCGAUCCGGGGCAGUGGAUGGACGAAACCACUAGGAUCGGCAGGGAUGGAUUUAUCGACAUCCUGCAAAGAGGGUGGAAAAGCCAUUGGAGAAUGAACGUGGAAGGGAACUUGCCUCGUGAUUUGGAGAAUCGAGAGGUCGAUGACACAACUGCACUUCCGAAUUACCACUACCGAGACGACGCCCUCCCCAUUUGGUACGCCAUCGAGAAAUACACCAGGAGCGUGCUGAAGGCCCACUACGGUAAAAUUAAGCUUUUACGCCGCUGA